UCUGCACUCCUUUGCGUUCUCGCGUGUGCUACGGUAGAAACCGGUAGUCGCCGCGCGUCCUAUACCUAGACUACCUAAGACCUCAUCGGGAGACUGUAACAUUUGUUGACAAGUGACUAUAUCUACAUACAAGAAGGGAGGUGAACUUGGAAAGACUUGGCGCCGAUAGCAGUGGUUUUUAAGGCACCUUUUCAACCAACAUCGAACAGUUCAACGGUGAACUACCCCACGCGGAAACUAAUGACAGUCAAUAUGUACCUGUAUAUCUUUGCACGUUAGUCUCAUUAUGGUGUCGGCGGUCAUAAUCUAUAAUAGAAGAUUUAUUGAAUCAAGUGAUGUAUUGGCGACCAUAUGACGUACGACCUUUCCGAUUCAGAUGCCCCUUGUUUUAGAAACUGUAGGUUUAUCUGAGUAUAGAAAUAUACGAAAGACUUCAUCAUUUCAGUAGAACCAUUUUAAAGGACUGUCUACAUUCGACCAGCCAAGAUGAUGAAAGAAUUAUACAAUCCUGUGCCACACAACCUCCGGAUUGACAGCCAUUAACAAUUUACCGAUCAGCAUCAUCUUCAGCACGCUCUCCUCGCCCCGCCCAUCCCUCUCUCCUCAAGUUGACAACCUAGCAGGCCCUCGAACCCAUCUGCCAUGGAGAGCCUAAGCGAACUCCAGAACCCUCUGCUGGACAAGAACAGCAAACACGUUGUCAACGGUUACGGUGGUGACUUCCCUAACAACCAGUACCAAGAGAACAUCAUCAAUUACUUUGUCACGGGCGGAGGAGUAGGAGGAGGGGGAGGGGGAGGGGGUGGAGCAGGAAACAACAGCAGUGUCGUCGGAGGAGGAGGCGGCGGCGGCGGCGGCGGAGGUCACGGCAACAACAACGGGAAGACAAAGGCCCAGCAGCUUCUGGAUGCCACCUCCCUUCAUCUGGCUGUGGAGGCCUUCUACAGACCCAACUUCAUCCUCUACAAGGAGGACGGGGGAGGAGGAGGAGGAGGGCUCAAGUCCAAGGAUUACAAAAGCGAGUGCUGCGAGACCACGUUCACAGAGAAGAAGGAGAGGGAGGCAUCGGGUGACACCCCGAGCAUGGAGGACCCCCAGGCUAAGCUGCUGGAGGACGGGGACCACGUCAAAAUCCAGACCGUCUCCUACGAGGUGGAGGAGGAGGAGUACGUGGAGUACGAGACGGACUGUUCCAGCGACAGUGAGAGUGAGGAUAACUUCAUCGUGGUCCCCCCUCGAGACCACCUGGGCUUGGCCAUCUUCUCCAUGCUGUGUUGUUUCUGGCCCCUGGGCAUCGCUGCCUUCUACUUCUCUCAGGGGACCAGCAAGGCGGUGACAAAGGGAGACUUCCCCAUGGCCAGCAUCGCGUCUCGACGGGCUCUCUUCCUGGCCGCCCUUUCCAUCACCAUAGGAACGGGGGUGUACGUUGGGGUGGUGGUGGCCCUCAUCGCCUACCUCUCCAAACCAGGACACAUAUAGCAGCCCCUCCCACUCCCGUCCACCCAGUCUAGCCUGCAAGAGAGCUGUGUCCCCCAGAUUACUCUACCGUCAGGGAGUGUAAUCCUCCUCUCCUUUACCUUCCUCUUUUCCCGAACUCCCGAUUUCCCUUAGGGGUCCUGUCGGCUAAAGUUAUACUGGAGAUAGGGCG